CAACAACCUCAUAUAAAAACUGAUUAUGCUGUUCUCAAACCUAUACCAGCCGCUGUACAGAAACCCUAGAGAAGGAAAGCGUGCGUCUUCCCGCUAACCACCAUGACAUUCAAGCGCAGGAAUGGAGGCCGCAACAAGCACGGCCGCGGCCACGUCAAAUUCAUCCGAUGCUCCAACUGCGGCAAAUGCUGCCCUAAGGACAAGGCUAUCAAGAGAUUUCUGGUGAGGAACAUUGUUGAGCAGGCUGCAGUUAGAGAUGUGCAAGAGGCUUGCGUCUAUGAACAAUACACGCUUCCCAAAUUGUAUGUAAAGAUGCAGUACUGUGUUUCCUGUGCCAUUCACUCUCACGUUGUUAGGGUUCGAUCCCGCACGGACAGGAGGAAGCGUGACCCUCCUCAGCGAUUCAUCAGGCGCAGGGAUGAUGCUCCAAGGCCUGGUCAGCCUGGUCAAGCACCUCGUCCUGCUGGUGCAGGAGCUCCUGUCCGAGCUUGAGUGCAAGUCAUUG